AAAAAAGUGUAAAAGAUCAAACCAUAAUUAGGAAAAGGAAAAUUUCACACACACACACGCGCGCGCGCAAUAUAUAUAUAUAUAUGUAUUAUAUAUAUUAAACCCCGCUGUAGAACAGAGCAUCGGACCACUACAAAAGCUUACCUGGGCCUUAGCUUUAUUAACGCCGGCGGCUACUGGUUACCAGUCGACAACACCAUUGUGGAUUAUAUGAAGGUCGAGGUGUCUUGAUCUCUAUUCCAGCAACACUAGUUUUCUUCAUGAUGGAUUUCAAAUUCAUAGGUAAAACUUGGGUGGGCAACAUUUACCAGAAGUUUGAAGCUAUGUGCCAUGAGGUUGAUGAUUUUGUGAGCCAGGAGUCAGUUAAAUAUGCUGAGAAUCAGGGGCUGGACUCGGCUAAAUGCGUAGAGAAGCAGGAGCAGACUGUUGGUGAAAGUGUGAAAAGAUUUUGUUCUGAUGUUGUGGAAGGUCUACACCCUCCUCCUUUGGUGGAUCCAGUAACACAGAAUGUGCAAGAAGAGCCUGAGAAACAAAAAGAUUCCAUUGGGACCUGUAAUAGGUCAAUGAUUAGUAUCGAAGAAAAGCCUGUAGGUAUUGACGUGAAUAAAUCAUCUGGGGAGCAAGAUCCAAUUGAACCUUUAGAAAACCAUCAUUCAUCACCUUGCACCAUAUUGGGCCCUGUAAAGCUCAUCCCAUUUCAUACGGCAGGUUCCGCUAGAGCAGCAGUGUCUGAGUUAUCUAUGGAACAAGAAGAUGAUUCUUUAGUAAACAAAAAUGCAGAUGUGGUUUCUGGGGAAAAUGUUGUGGAAGAGGAGCAAUCUUCAUGUGGAGAGUUAAGUUCUCCAGAAGAUAAGGAUUUGUCUGAUGCGUCAUCAUCAAGUGAAUCUGUAGAUGAAAGUCAUAAAAAUGAGUUAUUUAUGAAGGUAUCACCUGCAAUGUCUGUUCAUGGUGCAGGGCUCAGCUCAUCCCAGAGAAACGCAACAAUUUGUAAUAGCUUUUCAGAGGUUGGGUGUGUUUCUAAUGUUUCAACCAAUCUUCAAUCUUCUGAAAUGGGGCUUUCAGUUAUUGCUUGUGAGAAGAAAGUAGUGGAAUCGGCACUUGCUUCUUCCAGCUUUUCCCUAUCAUUGGAAUCGUGCAAUCUGUCAGAAUUUUCACAUUCAACAUUCUGUUCAGAAUCAGAGAAAAUCUGCAAUAAUCCUAUUGAUGGAAGUGGGUCUGUUUCCGAUGUAUCCAGUGCUCUCUCUUCUUCUGAAUCUUUCCCAACAAUAGCAUUUGGCCGCAAAGUAGUGGAUUUGGGACUUGCUUUCUCCGGCAGUAUCUUGUCAUUGGAAUCAAAUGCUGGAUCAUCUGGAAUUAAGGAUGAUAUGUGCUGCUCCUGCAUUCAAUUAGAGGCUUACAUGUCUUCCUUGGAAAUUGGACAGGCAGAUGACCCGAGUAUUGAUUUGAAUGACCCUAGCAUGGAAACAAUUGACUUGUCUGAGAAAAUGUCCCUUGGUGAAAGUUGUGUUAUUGUGGACAGUCAAUUACCCUAUGCUGUCUCUUGCAGAGCAAGAAAACACAGAUCAUACAAGAAAAUUAUACAAGAUGCUUUUGCUUCGAGAAAGAGGUUGUCAAAGGAGUUCGAGCAGUUUGGAAUUUGGUAUGGAGACAUUGAUAUAGAGUCCAGCCAGCAAGCACCACAAAAUCUUUUAUCCUCCAUCCCCAUUUCUUCUUUUGAGCCAAAGAAACCAGCAACUCAUGAUUUAUGCGAUUCAGAAUGGGAGCUUCUAUAACUGCUUAGCUUGUCUGUAGAUAAUUAUGCACCCAUGCUGGUUAUGCAGCCGCUUUGCCUGUGCAGAUGAAUGUAGAAAGAUGAACCUAUUCAGAGAUAGGAAUUAUUUCCUGUAUUCGACUUUUAAAGAAGCUUUUGCGUUAUUUAAAUAAUGCUCACGCUAAUUUUCCUGUUUAUUCAGAAGAUGGAAUGCAUUAUAUGGGUAUUACAAACAACCAUAGUUGAUAUUAUGGAAUAAUAUAUUCCAUCUUGAUGCUUAUGCAAUGUUUUUAUCUGUCC